UCAGCCAAGAAACGGAAACCAAGUUAUAUUUUGUUACCCUUAUAUAAUAGUUGAUGUCUUUUUCAAUUUUCAAUUCUAAUGUGAGACAAUUUGCGUUUAAUAUGGUUUUUUGAACGUCAAUUUCGGAAUGUUUAACGACCAUUGAUCGGCCAACUUUGGACCAAAUAUUUUCCUUGACUUAAAGCUUGGAGUAUACAGUAACAUAGGUUAGAAUAUUUUUAGUAAUCGAUGUAGAAUGAUAAGUUUUGUGACCAUUGUGUUAAAUCCAAAAUUGGCUUCUGUCAAUUUUCCCUUUGUUGUUGUUUUCUCUUAUUCAUGGAACAUGAAUAUUAGAACAACAAAAGAACAAAGAAUUAUUGAAUUAUUGUGGCCGUUGAUUAAAAGCGGGAAAACAGCAUCAGCAUCAGCCAACCACAAUCACGCCUUCUGUUCUCGGCGACUCCUAAUCAAAACUUCGUCUCUUCUCCUCACUAUCUUACAAAAAAACACCCUAAACCCCCAAUUUUCUCCUUCACUCUCAAAAUUGCUGAAAAUGGAAGACGAAGAAGGCAUCGGCUUAAUUCUAGCCAGAGCCACUGAGCUCAGGCUCAAGAUCAGUGAUUGUAUCGACACCUCCAGCACCGCCGUCAGUGAUUACGGCCACUGCGGCGGCGGUAAGGAUGGUUCUUCUCCUGAAGAAGCAAAGAAAGACGAGUUUCUUGGGAAUCAAGAAAAGGAUUCUGACUCAAUCAGCUCUGACGAGGAAGAAGCUGAACGUCUUCUAUGUAUACGCGAUGCUCUCGAAUCUCUGGAGUCCCAGCUCGCUGCUUUGCAGAAUCUACAUCAAAGACAACAAUAUGAGAAGCAAGUGGCUCUCUCUGAGAUUGAUUACAGCAGGAAGAUGUUGCUUGAGAAGCUCAAGGAGUACAAAGGGAGAGAAUUUGAAGUGGUUCGCGAGGCUUCGACUUUUGCUGGUGAAAGAGUUGAUUAUGAGAAGGAUCUUCUCCUUCCUCCUUACCAUCUUCAACCUCAUCUACCAUCGAAGCAUAAGAAGUCUGAUGUAAACGGGUUUGGCUCAGGACAUGUCAGAAAGGUAAAUCCCAACGGAGGAGGCUCAGGAGUUACUAUUGGCUUCUUAGGCUCCGUUGCAAAGAUCAUGGUUCCACUCAUCGGUGUGAUUUCGAUCUUUUCAUAUGGUCCAGAGAUCAGGAAAAGAGGCGCAUCACUUAAACUUCCCCCGCAACAAGUAGUCAGAGCACCGAAUCAGUGCCCACGGGGGAAAGUUCUGGUGUUUGAAGAGGGUGAAGCAAGGUGUCUUGUGAAGGAAAGGGUCGAAAUACCCUUUGACUCGGUUGUUGCCAAACGAGAUGUAACUUAUGGAUACGGUUGAAUUGGAUAGCAUUGUCUCCUGAAUUCAGUGUGUGAAGUUUCAACCUUUUAUCUCUUUAGAUGUGAAGCUACUACAUAGCUCCCCCAAUGUUUUGUUCUUGCUUGUGAUGGUUCUCAGCAAAUAAUCUUAGAAGAGAGAGAUAGAUUUGCAGUUAGUAUAUCUGUUCUGAUAUUUGAACAGGUGGAUUCAAUGUGUAACACCUCACACCACUUGUGCUCCUUGUUCGGAAACGGGCUAGGUGUUAUCUAUACGUUCAAGUUGAGCAUAGCUCCAGAAAAAAAUUUUGGAUAUUAACCGGAGAUUAAUCAGAAAUUAACUUUUUACUCAUUUUUCAUUUUAGAAUAAAGUUAUAUAUAAUAAAUUGUUUAUGUAAACAAACUAACAAAUCAUUAUGGUCUAGUGGUAACUAUCAUGCCAAAGGACCCUUAUGUGUGCUCUAACAAAUCGUCAUGGUCAACGGUCCCGAUCAAUACAUAAACAUGUUACCUGUGCGAAAACAUACAUCAACUAGUACAAAAUUUAAUUUUCAUAUGCGAACUUUCAAAAUUUGGUCUUAUCAUACAUUGACCUAAUUUCCGUUAGUCAAACGUUGAGUUGUCGUUAACCAGUAGCAGAAAAUCGGCUAAUUCCUACAUCAACAGGGACCAAUGGUCCAGAUCAAUACAUAAACACUUCACCUGUGCAAAAACAUACAUCAACUAAUACAAAAUUUAAAUUCAAUACAUGAACUUUCGAAAUAUGGUUUAAACAUACACUAAAGCUUGACAUGUGCGUCCGCGCGGAUAUUUGUUGUUAACUUUUUUUAUAAAUUGUUUAAUGACAUUCCUAAAUAUAUAAACUUUUGUUCAUUGUUAUGUUCCUACACAUAAAAACCAAACUCACCCGGAUCUGAAAAGACCCUAUUCGAAUCCCACCCGAAAAUUUAUAAUACCCAAACAAAGAAUAAUUUCAAAACAAAAAAAAAAAUCGAUAUCCGAAAGAACCAAUCCAUACCCAACCAUAUACCUGAUAUCCAUACCUUAAUGAAGUAGUUAAGAAGUACAAAAAAUGUAAAAAAUAUAAGAAAACACUUAAAUAUAGGUAAGUUCUCUUUUAUAUUUUUAUAAGACAUGCUGUCAAAUUAUUUGGAAAAAAUGUAAUUAAUAAAGUAGUUAAGUUGAGUGAAAAUAAGGAAAGAAAAUAUGUAAUAAAUAUGUUGAAAAUAAUGUUAGUUUUAUUUUGUACUUAAAUUUAAUAAAAUAGAUUUACCUAGUUUUCACUAGUCAAAUAAUACCGAAAAUAAAUUGUCUGUCACGUGUUGAUUAAGUAAAGUUUUUAUUGUAUUAUGUGAUAAUUAAACCAUAGUACGUAGUAAUUGACAGAGAAAAAGGAUAAUGUUUAGCUUAUCGAAGAUAUUCUCUUUUCUCUUUGUUCAAUUUUGUCUUCUUUCGUUUUCUUGGUGUUUUUUGUUGUCGAAAAAGUUGAAGAAAAAAUUAAAGAGAAAAGCUAACUAAUGAAUUACACGAGAAAUAAAUCGUUUGACCUAUAUGAUUAAUUUUUCUCAUUCAAUUACCACGUAAUACAGUUUAAUUACCAUAUUAUACAAUAAAAACAUUAUUUAAUCAAUACGUGACAUAAAAUUUAGCUUCAAUAUUAUUUGACUAGUGGAAAUUAAGUAAAUGUCAAGUUUUAGCGUAUGUUAAAACCAGAUUUCAAAAGUUCAUGUAGUGAAGUUAAAUUUUGUAUUAGUUGAUGUAUGUUUUUGCACAAGUGAAGUGUUCAUGUAUUGAUCCGUACCAUUGGUCCUUGUUGAUGUAGGAAUUAUUACCGGUUAACGACAACUCAACGUUUGACUAACGGAAAUUAUGUCAAUGUAUGAUAAAACCAAAUUUUAAAAGUUCAUGUAUGAAAAUUAAAUUUUGUGCUAGUUGAUGUAUGUUUUCGCACAGGUAACAUGUUUAUGUACUGAUCGGGACCGUUGACCCUUGUUGAUAUAGGAAUUGGCCGAUUUUCCGGUCUAGUGCUAUCAUGUUAAAGGACUCUUUUUUUUUACUGUGUUUUUUUUAGGUGUAAUGAAUAUAAAAUGAUAACAAUGUCCUAUAUUCAACCUUUCAUCUGCAAAUUUUACAGCCGUCUUCCUUUUUGUGGGACAAUUUCAUAGUUUUCUUCUUUUUUUUUUUUUUUGGAACUCUAGUUUUCUUCUUCUUAAUCUUAAGAAUUUAAACUGAAAUAUAUCAGAUUUCUAUCACAACUUGUGAUUUUGUUUAUUUGUUCUUUAUGAUUUUAGGAAAUUUUACAUAUUUGUCAUGUUUUAGUCAUUUUUUAGCAGACUGACUAAUUUAUUAAUUUAGAUAAUAUUAUUAUUUUAAAUUAUUAAAUAAAUAGAAAUAAAAGUUAGGAUAUAAUCAAUACUUUUGCUCGAGCCAUUCUAUAAAAUCUGUAUUUAGCCACCAUCUUUUUCCAUAUUAAUCCCACAUACUAAAAAUGUAUUUGGCUUCUCAAUCAUUUAUGUAGGUUUUGGAUGACCUCCCAUUUAAUUAGAAAUCGAAUAUUUUAUCAGUAUACAUAAAAUACUUUUUGGGCUAAAUUACUAUCAACUUAUUGACUCAUUUCUUUCUAAACAUUAUGUAAAACCUUCAUCCUCGAGUAUACUAUAUGAUUAAAAUAUUUAUAUUGUUGAUUUAUCAUGUUCUCUACGAUUUUACGCUAAGUAAUUAGUGUUAAUAAAUUUUUUAGUGAUUUAUCUUUAUUUUUGAUAUAAGUAAUUAAUAAAUGGAUAUUAAUAAUUUUGAUGAAAAUGUCAAAGUUAACUUUAUCUUACAUUUAUUUAAUUAAUAUUAAGACUCAAUCUUAAUAUAUAUGACAUUAUGUUAUCUAUGAUCAAUAGUUCAAUACUUACACAAGUUUUCCGUUAAAAUAAUAAGUUUAUUCUAGCUAUAUGUCUUUUUGAAGAGAAAGUUAGCUUACUGAUUUCUAUUGAAAAUAGUUAUUUAUAUUAGAUAUUGUUGAAAUAUUAAAGUUAAGGUGUUGAAAUUUUCAAAUACAUGAAAAUACAAAAAUGGUUUUGUUGAAUUGGUGUUGGUGAAAUAAUGUAGGUUUUAUUGAAUGUUUAAUUUUAUAUUGUGUUACUUUUGUGACAUAAUGCUGAUUGAAUUUCUAAUAUUUAGUGAUAUGCAUCUAACAUGUACAUUGUAGUCUAAGUAUGCAAGAAAGUAUCAGAUUUUUUUUAAUCUAAUGAAUCGUCGUAUGUUAUAUGUUUUGCUCGAUUUGUUUGUGUGCGAGAAUACAUAUGUAAUAUAACGUUUUUUAUCACAGUUUCUAAGAUCUAAAUUGUUGAUAAUAUAUGAUGUUUAUUGGCUAUUGUAAUUUUGUUGUUUUUUUAUGAAAUGUUAUUGUUUCUAAUACUUUCAGUGCCACUGAAUUUUUUUCGACCUAUAACUAUAAAAAAUGUUCGAUUUGAAAUUCAAAUUGCGUAAUGAUACUUCCAUUAUUACUUGAAUUUUUUUCUGAUCGAAAAUCUAGAUCCCCUAAAUAAAAAAUGAAACUAAAUAACAGAUUUUAAUACAACAAUUUUCAAUAUAGAUACUGAAAUUUGAUCAUUUAUAAUGUUAAUUUAAAAUUUUAAUACAACAAUUUUCAAUAUAGAUACUGAAGCCAUAUACGAGAUGUUGAUACCGAGGCGAGAUGGAACUUCACGCACCGAAACCAGGACGCAGAGCACUGACACACGACAAUAGCCCUCCUUUGUACACGCCACCGAGCAACUGGAAACUUCAGUGCUCUAAAACAUAAAAGAAGGGAACGACCACUCCAAGAUACCUUGAACAACGAACCACGUCCACUCUCCGCUGCGAUAGAACCAGACGAUUGAAAACCGGAUAUGCGCUAACAAACCCUAAAAGAUAAUAUUACUAUUUUAAAUUUAUUAAAUAAGUAGAAAUAAAAAGUAGGAUAUAAUCUAUACUUCUGCUUGAGCCAUUCUUAAAAAAUCUGUAUUUAGCCACCAUCUUUUCCCCCACAUACUAAAAACAUAUCUGGCUCCUCAAUAAUUUAUAUAGGUUUUGGAGAGAGAGAGUCAUUGAGAGAGAGAGAGAGAGAGAUAGAGAGAGAGAGAGAGAGAGAGAGAGAGAGAGAGAGUCAUUUCUCUAUGUAACAAUCAUUCUUUAUCAUCAGAUAACAAAGGUUUCCAACUUUCCAUUGGCUGUAAAAAACGAAGCCUUGCCAUUUUAUUUAUAUAUUAUCAAUAUGGUGAAGUCAUGUUAUGAGUCGCGCUAUCUGCGAUCUGCGACCUGCGAUUAGUCGCGCGUUCAAAUUUUUUUAAAAUUUUUAUCGAUGUUUUUUCAGGCAACUUGAAUCGGAACCUGCGACCAGUCGCACGACAUCAAAACAAACAACAACCUGCGAUUAGUUACAUGUCGCAGGUCGCAUGUCGCAUGUCGCACGAUAGGUAAACGAACAUGGCGAUAGUCAACGUGUAUGUCAUUCGUUACCAAUCUCUAAUAAUCACAAUACUUUUAAAAGGAAGUGGAUGAAUUAAGUUUAUAAUCCUAUUAUAUUAAUUGAGAAGUCACUUAAGUAACUUCACAAUUGGUGUCAUUCAUAGGUGAAGUUUAAAAUUAAUUAUCUUAAUUUGACUGAUUGUUGUUAUUUGACUUUUCAUUUAUUUAAUUAAAAUUUUAAAAAGAAAACUAAUCCUAGAACUACCUAAUCUAAUAUAUAUUACCUUACAAACAAUUAAACAUUUUAAAGAUAAAAAAAUUAACAUAAUUUAUUUAUAGAAACAAUUAAAUAUCAUAGAUUUUAUUAUAGAAAUUCAGAAUAUACAUAUAAAUACAUAUAAUAUGAUAGAAAUAAUUAUAUAAACGAUUUUAAAAAUAUUUAUAUUAAUAUUGGAUACAAUAAAUCAUAGAUUACAGAAAAAUAAUUAACAUAAACCUAAUAAUAUUCUUUUAUACUCACUAUAUAUAUUUUUGUUUUUUCUAAAAAUAUGCCCAAUGAAUGCAAAACAGUCAAAUAUACAAUUUAAAAAAAAUCAGUUAUUUUUAAAUAACAGAUAUUGAUAGUAUAGUUGAGUUAUUACUUUCAGAAAUGAUUAUAGUAUUUUUAUAUUUAAAAAUAUAAAACAUAUGGUAAAUCUUUUAAAAUAAUAUUAAUAAAUGAAAAUAUUUCUUAUAAAAUAAAAUUGAAAAAUUGGAACAUUAUAUUAAUAUGAGACUAGAUUUAAUACACUCUAUUAAUAAAUUCUUAUAGCUUUGAUUAUAAUAAAAUUAUAUGGUAAAUCGUUUAAAUAAUAUUAAUCAAUGAAAAUGAUUAUCAUAAUAUAAAUUGAAAAAACAGAAACAAUAUACUAAUACAAGACUAGAGUUAAGACUCUAUUGAUAUAGUUUUGAUUAUAAUAAAAUUGACAUGCUUAUUUUUUGUAAUAAGAAAAAAGAAAGGAUACAUAAAUAAAACAUGAAUGAAGAAUAAUAAAUCUUGUUUGUUGUAUUUUUGGUUGCAUUCUUGGUUAUUUUAUAAUUUUACAUACUUAAUUUUUUAUUUUUAUUUUUGAAAUACAUGUGUUUUACAUAUUACUUCAACUGUUAAUUAAUUAGUUUCAUCUGUUUUUAUAACACGAAGACAAAUUAAGUGAGGAAGAUCAAUAUAGAUGAUAAGUUCUAAAAUUGAUGGUCGAAAAAUGGAAAAUAUAAAGUAAAUUUUUUUAAAAAAAUAUUAAAAAAAAUAAUGAUAUGUAUAUUUACGGUAAAAUAAAAGUUUACAAUGUAUGAUAACAAAUUUAUAAUAAUUUGUUUAUACAAAUAAAAUCAUGUUAUUUUGAUGUAAUAAAAUUACUGAAUCUCACAUUGAUAUUAAGUAUAUAUGUCUAAAAUAAUGACAUCAUGCUGUUUAAAUUUUAGAUAUUUUUUCUGAUAUUGAUAAUAUUUAAUUAAAAUAGGUAUGUGAUAAAGUAACUUUUUUAAAAUGAAAGUAAUACUUUUAAAUGAAGAGUGUGAUAAUUGGAUAGAAUUUUAGGAUGCAUUUUUUGGUUAAGCAAUUGUGAGUGCUAUGUUAAACACUAAAUUAAAAAUGUGUGAGAAAGUGUGAUUUGUGAUUUGAAAAAAUUAUGGAAAAUUUUAAAUUGCUUUACUUCUAAAUAAAAUAAAAUGGUAGACAAAAUAAUGCGAAAAUUUUAAGCGUUAUAAAAUAUUUUUGUGUACAUUAAUUUUUUUUUAAUCACAAAUUAUAUCAUAAAAAAGACAACUGGAAACUUAUAUUAAAAUUUAUAGAAUAAUCAAUAUAUCUUAGUAAUUUUCAAAGAUUAUACAAUACCAAGACUUAUGAUUUUUAAAUUAUUUAAACCGAAAAGGUUAUUUUUAAUAGUUACUAUUAUUAUUCAAAAUAAUAAAAUUAUAAACAUAAUAUAUCAUUUUCAUAUAAUGUAUAUCCGGGAAAUCACGGGUAACCACCUAGUAGACUCUUAAAACAUAGGCCAAAUUCAUGUGAAGAUAAACAAUAUACAAUCUAAACCCUAGAUCAUAAACAUUUCAAGCUAAAAAUUACACUAGAAAACUCCAUAAACCAACUUAUACAAAAAAACUUUAUAAACUAAAAAUUUCAACCACAAAAUGUAUUUUUUCCUUAUUUCAGAAGAACUACCAUAUUUUAAAUUAUAUAUUUAAUAUUUUCUUAACUAUCCCUUGCAACUUUUUUUUUGUCGACUGUCCCUUGCAACUUUUAAUAAGUUGGAAGUACAUAGUACAUACUUAUUUCACUUUUUAUAAUAGUCCCUUCCAACAUUUUUUUCUAAUGUCAACGUCAGAGAUUCGCUUCGCCGUCCAUCCUCGCCUGCAGCUCGCAAUCAACUCUUAUUUAUUGAAAAAAAAAACAGCCAAUAACCUCUUGUUGUCAAAAAAAAAACAAUAACCUCUUGUCAAAAUAAAAUAAAGAUAGGCUCUAUCAAAUAA